UUCGGAGACAACUGUACAAAAUGGUUUGACUGCUAUACGACUACACAAUUUGAAUUCGACUUUCUCGAAUUCAACGCAGCAACCAUUUAUAUCAUUGCUCUUUACCUUUCCGAACAACAACAAGACCUCGCAGAUGGAGAUGUUGUUACUGUCGUCAUGGAAACUCCUGAACAAUUCGGAAAAAAGAAGUCUCUAAUUGCCAAAUUUGUUCCAGGACAUCAGCUUUUCCAACGCACAGAAGUCUUCUGUAUUCCUGGAACUAAGUUCUUUGUCAAGAGCGAACUCAAACAAAGAUAUAAUGUGUCAUUCAAUUACACAUUAUAUAAUGUUUUCGACCCAGAAGAAGACUUCUUCCCAGAAGCAAUGGAAGAGGAAGAAGAAGAGAAACACGAAGAAGAGAAACACGAAGAGUCCUCCGAAUUCACACCAGAAGACUAA